GUAUGCCAUGUGUCAGUACACGAUAAGGUGUCGUUAGGAGUCACAUGGUACAAUUAUCAAAGUGUUCCGUCUGUAUUGCGUAAAACUUGACAAUCAGCUCUAGAUCAAAUCACCUGUCUCUUAAACGUGACAAUAGCCGAGUGAAGUGUUGGUUUCUGUGUCAUUGACUGUAGGGCUGUCUACCUUAAUACAUACACACGUUAUAUAGCUAUAGAUUGAUUGUGACAUUUUCAAUUACACCUGGUCGUCAUGGAUACGGACAUAAACUAACACUGAAAAUCAUAUGCUGAUUUUAUGAGUUUGCUAUGGCAGUGAUGCUGGGUUGUGAAACGUCAGUACUAGGAUGGGAUGAUAAUGAGAUACCUGAAUAAUGCUGGUAUGGGAUCUAUAUUAUAGCUAGCCAUACAGUGGGUUAUCAAUCUGGCUACAUAUAUAGGACAGGAGAGGGUACCGAGCCAUACAGUAGCCUAUCUGGCCAUAUAUUAGGGUGUUGAGGGCUAUCUGGAUUGACAAUAGGGGCACGGAGAGCUAUCUGCAUGAUUACAGUCUCUGGGUGUGGCUUCUGUUUAGAGCAGAAGUUGAUCACAGAUAGACAAGGAGUGCCGGCUUGUUUCCGUUCAGAUGCUGACAGGACUGUAGCACACUGCCAUGUGAGGAGUAAAAUACCACGGCAGGAUUAGUGAGGGAACCCACGCAGCCUUAUUGCAAAUUACACACACAACUUGUCUCAGAUUAACCAGGGUAUAAGGGGAUGCCUGCACACUGCCACCAGCUUCUGUCCGGAUCAAUGGAGGCGGCUUGUGAACUACUACUACGGAGUGGCCAAGGAAUAUCAGAUAUUGGUGACAUUAUCGACGAAUGACUCAACAAGAGUGGACACAGAUCUAAAUGUUCAACAAUUAAUGGCAUGGCUCACGUUCUGUCGGGGACACGAUACAUUGUGAUACAUGACAGUCACCUUCGCCCAAAUACAUAGUGAUAAAACUGGGUGCCUGACAGGAAGCAGGGACAAUAUACACACAGUAGCUGAGGAGCAGAGCAGACGGGCACUUCUCUGAAUAGUGGAGCAUGGGGUAACUAUGGAGAGUUACGAGAAAAUGUUUUGUGUUUUCGUGUUUGUAGUGUUUGCGAUGUUCGUGCCUCGUGUCAACCUGAUGCACAUACCAUGUGACGAGGUGUACGACAUGGAGGACGGCUACUAUUCGGCCAACUGUAGUAGCCGGGCACUAGGACAUAUACCCUUUGAUCUCCAUCAUAACAUUAAAGUAUUAGACCUCCAAAAUAACCAACUGUUGGAGCUGGUAUCUAGCUCAUUUGCAAAGUAUGAUACUCUCACGGAACUCUACUUGCAAAAUAACUCUAUUAGGAUCAUCAAAGCGAAUGCCUUUUCUCUUCUUGGACAAUUACAAGUUUUGGACUUGUCCAGCAAUCAACUGACGUCAGUUCCAACCGCCGCCUUCGAUGGAUUAACGUCGCUAAGGAAACUUAGUCUUCGUGGAAAUCGGAUCAGCAUGAUACAGCCCGAGGCUUUCUCGCCUCUUGUUAACUUGAGGGAUUUACUUCUGGACGGGAAUUAUUUGCAAAGAGUUGCUGAUGAAGCAUUCAAAAAUUUGGAUUAUCUUGAAAAUUUGGAAUUACAACAUAACAAUUUGGAGUUUAUGAACGAAAAUGUUGUACAAUAUUUUACCCACAGGUUUACCUCAUUUAAGUUAUACAGUAAUCCGUGGGUGUGUGAUUGUAAAACACGUUGGCUCGAGGAUUACCUUAUUCAUCAAUCGACCAAUCAGAGUGAAGAUAACAUCCUCCAGUGGAUAUUUCCGGAGGGUCAGCCUGUCUGUCAGGGUCCUACAGACCUUUGGUCACGUGCUUUCUCAUCGUUGACGGAGACAGAUUUCGUGUGUCAGAUAACCAUGUACACAAGUGGACAGGAAGUGGUACUGGAGGCCGGAGGUCAGACACAAAUGUUGUGUAAGUACAUGUCCAAUCCACACGUGGAUCCAGUGUGGACACGAAACGAGGAAAUCCUUAACCCGGCAGAUACAGAAAAAUAUGUCAUCGUGACUGAGGGGUCAACCAUUGUGACAAGUAUUCUUACAGUUAAAGAUUUCCAGAAAAAAAAUAUUGGUGAAUAUAAGUGCUCAGCAGAAAAUGCCCGCGGGCCAGUGGCAAUAUCCUUUAUGGUCACUCUUAACGGGAUUGACCCAAUAGCUUAUACACUUCCUGUGUCAGAACUGACCAAUCAGUCACCUGAAAAUUCUCAUACUGUCACUAUCGCUUUGUCGGUGAUAGGUGGAUUUAUAUUCCUACUUUUAACGUCGGGAUUAAUAAUUUUCGCAAUUGUGAAGUGUCGUAGAAACCAGAGGAAAAAAAGUGAGCAACGCAGUAUGAGAUUUAAGGAACAUCUGAAAACUAAUGUUCUUAAUCAUUCAGAGAUAAUGGAGUGUAAAGACUAUGAAAAGUCGGAUAUAUCGAUGGCAACAGAACUCCAAGAACGUGGUCCUUAUGACCGUGAGCCUAUUUAUGAUCCCCACCCACUAUAUGACCAGGUACCUGUGGGGUCAAAUCUGGAUCAAGCAGAAAAUAAUACUUAUGUGUCGUUUAAGUCCGAGUACGUAGAACCGGAUGAGAUGACCCAGUUAUAUACUGGAGUUAAUAGGACUAAAGGGAGUGACGGGUCGCAAUGUGAGUCGACUUCACCCCUUCUGGACAACUGUUCCCCAAUCAUGUGUGACUCGCAUGAUCUGCUUUACGAAACAAGCACGGGGAGUUCUAUUUAUACCCCUGCAUUCUUUCCUAAAUCUCACACACUUAAUUCACGCUAUUUGCCGUCGAUGAGUUCUUAUGACACAUAUUUAUCAUUCACGCCCUACAGUACAAUGUCACAUUGUUCCCAACAGAAUACCUCUACCCCACCCCUCAACCCCUCUGUACGUAGCAAAAGUGCUUCAGCCAAUAACAUUGGGCCUGUGAUGCCCCCAAAGAAACCCCCGCGUGUGUUCAACUCCCGAGACAGCAUGUCCUUGUCUAUUACCAGCAGUAGUGGUAGUGAAACCAUACCUAAACUUUCGCUCCCAAAACCGGGCACGGUGGAUGAGUUCGGCACUGCCGUAUGACCAUGCAGGAUGUGGGUGUGACACAAAGUGGGCGUCGGCUAUUAGUGGGCGAUGCCAAAGUGUUUCUCAGUGCUCUUGUUAAUUUCUGUACCUAUGUGUAACUUAUGUAUGUGGUUUGUUGUUCUGGAAAUACAUAAAAUUCUAUUUUUGUAUUUGAGGUAUUGAUUGUUUAAUUGUGAACAAAAGUUAUAUAUAUUGUUACCAGCCGAGAACAAGAGCUGGUAUCUAUAUGGUACAUAAAUGUUUUAUGAUUUAACUAUAGAAUGCAACAUCUCUAGGAUCGAGUCUCAUUGUGUUUAAACGUGAAUGCUUAUGCAUAAUUCAUUAAUUUUAUCUGUUUACAUAGUAUUGAAUGUCUGCGUAGAAUGUACAUCAAAAACUCUCUAAACGUUUUACAUGAAGUAUAACAUGGUGUACUGUGAAGCGAUGCCAACAACACUGCGUAACUGCAAUACAAAUCAAUACAAGAUCUCUGCACAUUUACUGUUUAAACCUUCUAUACUUAGAAACAUGUAACAAGUGUACCAGUAAAAAAAAAAAAAAAAGAUCAGCAUCGAUUAUCAAGUGUUUGGAUUUAAAAUGAUUAUCAUCAAACAGUGAGAAUGAAAAUUUAAAAAAAAA